CACUUCGCCUGUUAGCCAGUCAUUCGCGGCAUCCGUCGUCAGUUGGACGCGUUUAAAAUAGCGCAGAUUAUAUUUACAAGUUCCCGCCAUUUUGCGGUUGACAGUUCAGUGCUAUAUUAUUUUCAAUUAAAAAGAUAUCCAAAUGGCUUCGGUAGAAACGCAUAAAAAUGGCACCGCGCGGAACCUGUUGUCAAAGGCGCCAUGGACGGAUGAGCAAGGCAUCAGCAUGAAGAUCUACCAAGGCGUAGUGCUCACCCUGGAGGUGAUCGUGCUCAUCGUCAAGAUGUACGCGACCUGGUUCUACAGCAUUUAUAAGUUUUUCGUGCCCCCAGAACCUAAGAGCGUUAAGGGCGAAAUUAUACUUAUCACAGGCGCCGGCCACGGUAUGGGCCGAGAGAUGGCGCUGAGCUUCGCUAAACUCGGAGGCACCAUCGUGUGCGUGGACAUCAACCCCACAGGCAACCAGGAGACCGUCGAAAUGAUUAAGGAUAGCAAAGGAAAAGCGCAUAGUUAUCUCUGUGACGUAACAAGCCGCACCUCGAUCAACGAAAUGGCAGAAAAGAUCCGCAAGGAGGUGGGUGAAGUGACAAUCCUCAUCAACAACGCAGGCAUCAUGCCCUGCAAGCCAUUGCUACAGACUGGCGAGAAGGAGAUACGUACUGCCUUCGAAGUCAACUGUCUGGCACAUCUUUGGACUCUUCAAGCUUUCCUCCCCGGGAUGAUGGAACGUAACCAUGGGCACAUAGUGGCCAUGUCGUCCAUGGCUGGUGUGAUCGGUCUUCGUAACUUGGUACCCUACUGUGGCACUAAGUUCGCUGUGCGAGGUAUGAUGGAAGCUGUCCAUGAAGAAUUAAGAGAGGACCCGAGGGAUUUCAGUGGAAUCAAACUCACUUGUAUCUGUCCGUAUAUUGUGGACACUGGUCUCUGCAAGAACCCGAAGAUAAAGUUUCCCUCUCUGAUGAAGAUUCUUUCACCUCAAGAGGCUGUUGAACAUAUCGUAGAUGCCGUUCGAAGAGAAUACCACGAGAUUACCAUACCUAGCUCUCUUUAUUAUAUUAAUCAGAUGUUCCGAGUAUUCCCCCGGUCAGUACCUCUACAUAUCAAAGACUUCCUGGACUCUGGUCUGGAGGCGCAGUAACGACGCUGUAUACAAUUCGUUAUGUUUUAGCAAUUCGAAUUUGAUAAGACCAAAUGAGUAAGGUCUUAAAAGACAACAUUGGAUCAACAUUUUUGACCAAGAAUCAUUCCUGUAUGACAAAAUCAUCAUAUCACAAUUAUACAGGGUGUUUGAAUAUAUUUAAAAAAUAAUUACAGCCGAAUAGAUUAUCUUAAUUUUAUAAAAAAAAUUGUGUCAGUGUCUGUCUAAAGUUGUUAAAUUUAAUUUGCUAAAAUAUCUUGCCAGAACAGUCUGCAUUAAUACCAGAUUUAUUCAGGUCUGUUUUGGACUUCGUGAACAUUCUGCCUUAAACGAUUUAAUCAAAUAUUAAAAAUAUAUUUACAUAUCCUUAUUCUCAAAUAUUCAAUCGAUAACUUGAACGUGAUCGACAAUUUACCAAGAAAUAUUGAUGCGGUUAUUUUUCUUCAAAAAUAUACGUAUUAAAAUCUCACUUUUCUAAACUGAUUUUCGUAAUCAGGGUAAGUUCAUUAUUAAUAAUAUAUUUUUUUAAUAAAUAUUGAACGUUUGAAUAAGGUUAACAUUAAUGUAAAUUAAUUGUAAUUAAUAUUUUUAAAUGAUUGAAUGUUGUACAUAAGACUGGUGUAUGAUAAAGUAUUUUUUUAUUAUUUUUUAUUUUUAAGCUUAAAUAGGAUAAAAAAUGGUGAUAGUCGAGAAAUCGUUGAUAAUAAUAUUAAGGUGCAACCUGUAUAUAAAAAAGGGACUAGUUGCAUUAAAAAAUAAGUCCGAAAUGUUAUUCGAAGCUCACACGCCAAACGUAUGUGGUCCAUAGUUCUUAAAAAUGUACAAAAAGUAUCAAGAUCGUCGAGUCGUGGUAUUUUUUCCUCAGUAAUAUUAUCAACGGUUAUAUAUUCAUACGUAUAUACUUGUAUACAUUUGUCUUGUGCCCGUAUUCGUUAUACUGAUAUUAUAGAUAUUGUAUACUUCCUACCAGCCAGUGAUAAAUUUGGAACUCAAAGUGCCAUUUGUCAUUUUCAUUGUAUAGUCGAUAUUUUAUGCAUUUCUAUAUUUUUACUAAAUUCAGAAUGACUUUUAAGGAAAUUAUACAAAAUUACUUAAUGAAAAAUAGUUUGAUUUUGGGCGAAUAGAGAAUUGGAGAGCAACAACUGUUACCUGUACUUAGUUGAUUAUUUAUACAUAUGUCUAGAUAGAGUAUCAAAGCUGAGAACGCGUUGAAAACAGUAGUGGCCAACAAUGGGCCCCUAUGUACACGCACACUAGUAAAGUAUUAUGACGUUUGAGUGUCUAGCUGUCACGCACAUCAAGAUAAUAUAGUUGGCUCGUUGGGUUUUGAUCUUUUGUUGCGCGACACUCUAUCUAGAUAUUAAAUAAUCUAAAGUUGCACGCUCUUUUUUAAUAAGGCAUAUAAAUCUUGUAAUGAAACAAUAUUCAUAGAAUAAUUUCAAAUAGUGUUGUGUAAAUAGUAAAACUAUCGACACGGUAUAUUUGUAUAUGCCUUAAAAAAAUUAUCGUCUAAAAAUUUCUGUCACUUAUUCCGAUCUUUUUUUCUCAAAGAAACACAAACAAAUACAUACAUACGUAUUAUCUAUUUUGUAACGCCUAUUUCUUAAUAAUUUUUCUAUCAUAUAAGUCUCGAAACUUGGUUAACAUAUAUAAAACUAUCAAAAUUAUAUUUUUGUUAGAAUUUUUAAAUUAUUCAAAUAAAAUAUAUAUUUGAUUUUGAAACGGUAUAUCCGUCCGCUCUCGAGGUUCUGAAUAUAAAAAAAAAAACUAUUUGUACUUCCUUGCAUUCUGUCAUGCAAAAUAUAGUGAUAUUAUUUAUAUAAGUGUUGUGAAUGAAUUUUAUAUUUGUAAUUUAGCGAGUGGAAUAAACGAUUGAAAUGAA